AUGGGUACUAUAUUCGCUGCAACUGCUGCGCCGGCGCUGCAGACCACCAGUAUACGCACCGUGCAAAAUCCCAAAUGCUAUGGCGAUUACGCAACCUACUGUGACGGCGAAUUUAAGUAUUUUCUUCGUUUAAAAUACAUCUGUUCUCGUUUAGCAACUGUUUCUUUGGGAGUUGGCGCAAUCCUGGCCAUAGUGCUCCUAUUGCAUCUCCGAAGGAAAUCGGGCUUGUUUACUGACCCGCGCGGCUUGGCUGGCAUUGCGGCAAUGGCAGCUCGGUCACCAAUCCCAGCAGACUUUGAGGAUAUGGAUAGUGACAUUCACGAUGAUAUCCAUGAUAAGAUUCAAAACCGACGAUACAUUUUACAGGAUCAUCGUCUUACGCUGCUUGGCGAAGGUGAAAUCAAGCAGAAAGCUGUAACAGAUACCUCCAAGUCACGAUUUCAACGAACUCAAUACAAGCUCAAUAUUGCUGAAAAGUAG